GCCCCUUUCAAGUGACAGUUAAAGUUUAGCUGGCUCGUUCAAAACAAACCCGCAUAUUUUCAUUCGUUUUUGGGUCGGUCGGAUUUUCUUCGCGUGAAUGCUGCCGGACAAUCUGCCAGCCGUGAUCGGCGGCGAGAAGUGUUCCAGCGAGCUGCUGCACCAGGACAAUUUCUUCCACAGAAUGCAAGUCGCAGUUCAACUAGCAUCAUCAAUCUACCUAGAUCAAAAGUUUAUCAAAACUUUCGCUACAACACCUUGUUAAACAACGCACACACCUGUUCUUUCUAGUCUCCGGAGGUCGACGAUGUUCCUGAUAGGACAAACCGUCAGUAGACGUUGCACCGCAGCACGGCCGAGUUCGUUUGUGGUGCCCCCGUGGAACGCAUUUUCCUCUCAACCGGAUGUACCGUUUGGACACGGGGCUGCGAUCUAAUGUGCUUGUGUCUGCCCGAGUUCAGCUGCGAGCUCUACAGUGAGCGCAUGUUCGGCUCUACCCCGUACAGCACCACCGCCACCACCUACAUCCCGAUCCUCGUCGCGAUCCUGAUCGCGGCCACUGUCGGGCUGUGCCUUAUCAUCAAGGAGAUGCAACUCGGCAAACUAAGUCCGGCAGGGAACGGACGUGGGAUUAACUUGCCAGAUAUGCCCUCAACCAGACCUCCUGUCGGGGUAAUACAAGCGGGAAGUGGAGUGUUCCCGCUCGAUGGGCAACAAAACGACGGACAUAAGCACCCGAUUAUCGCCACGGUGCAAACCGUAACCACGUAUGCUGGAAAUUUUCUGCUUGAGCCGGCCAGGGAAUACAUAAAUGAUGGUUUGGUUCAGGUGAGAUACUUUAAGGUUUUUUUUAUUCCUUAGUGUUAACCUCACAAAACAAUGUUUGAUGCCAUCUAGUUCAUUUUGUUAUAAGCUCAAAUAUUAUCGUUUGCAAACAUAAUUUCUUAGCGACUCAAACAUAAAAAGACUCGCGCCUCGCGAAACCUCAAAAGAUAGUUCGUUGAAUGUUUGUUAAAUUCCAUUUUUGACUGUAUUUGUUGGUUAAUAGCUCUGUAAACACUUUCCAACUUAUUUGCAUGCUAAGAUUAA